UAUCAUCACAUUUGCGCAAAUCACGUGAAUUAUAAUAAUAAUACGAUAGCAUUCUACAAAUGCAUAACAAAUUAGUAACUGUUCAAUGCACUCAAAUGAUAAAGAUGAGCAUAUUUCCUCAAACAAUAAAUGACUGUGGCCCUUUAAACAAUCUAACUGCAGUCGUCAUGGUUACAAAACGGCGUGGAGUAUAGAGCUGGUGCAUCAUGGGAAACAGUUGUUCGAGAACGCGAAUAUGAAAGAAGGAAAUGCACACAAGUUCCCAUUCAGCCCUACUAUAAAGAGAUCGAUCGACUAGUAAUGUCUGGUUGGUGGCUGCCGAGCUCCCCAGCCUUUGCGUCCGAGGACUUCAGCUCGACGCCUCUCAAGCAAAAUGAGAGAAAACACGUCCACGUAUCGGAAUACCCGAUAGACGACGACGUCCUACCUGAGGACGACGACACGUACUCCUUGCUGUCCCCCAUCUACCAUGACAGCUACGAGAGCGAUGAAGACGACGACGACCUCAGUACUACUACUACUACUACUACUCAACAACCGCUCAGAUGUGAGCGACAGAAUCCCACCUCGGGGCAGAUCGAACCUGAAGCCCUCAGUCCAUGGGAAGUGUGGCUGGUCAACAAAGCAAAAGAAGACCAGCUUAAAAUGAAAAAGAAAACCGAGGAGGUGCUUUUACUCAAGGGGAAAAAAGAACAAGAAGAAAUGCAACGUAAACAGAAAAAGGUCAUGGAGGAAAAAAAGAUUAGAGACUGGCAGCAGCUGAAAAGAGAACGGGAAAGACACGAUCAGCUUCUAAAAAUCAGCAGAGAAGCAGCAGAGGUGCAGCGUCGACAGGAAAAACAAAGAGAGACGGAACAAAAAGCUCAACAGAAGUACAAGGACUGGCUUCAGAAAAAAAACCAAGAGAGGAUAGAAAGGGAAAUGAAGCAAAAAGAGGAAGCAAGUCUGAGGGAAGAGCAGGAGAAAGAGCGCCGGAGGAAGGCAGAGGAGAACUUCAAGCAAUGGCUGGCAAAAAACAAUGAGAAAUGGAAAGCAAGUCCAAAAGCACCUCAUUAUUCAAGUCCCUGCAGAUUCCACCCACCACCCAGCUUUUACAACCCGAUCCCAUGGAAGCCGAUUUACACGCCCCCUCCGGAAACAUCUCCCAAAAACACACCCAGCAAGAAGCCUCAGAAGCAAAAAAAAAAAAGGACAGCAUAGCAGAGCCUUCACAAUCACAAACUCGACACUGACGGUGCUUCAUCGAACUCGACUGUAAAUCAACUUGGACCUAUUAAUGCCUCUAGGACGCCACAACAUGAUUGUCAUGUAUGAAAAGUAUUAUUUAUUUUUUUCAUUGUUUUAAUUAAGUUAAACAAUUUAAUUGCUUGUUUUAACGUUGGAAUUUUUGAAUGUGAUUCUUGAUUAUUUUGACAGUUUCCAUGUAACAUUUGUUCACCCAGAGCCUUUUUCCAUUAAUUAAAAGUUUUGAACGCUA